CCCACUCCAGCAGAAGCAAACUCAGACAUCAAAGCUGAAAAUGAACAUACCCUGAGAGGUACAAGACUCAAAAUGGAGAAGAACGCCAAGGUCCACUGGAAAACAGUCAAUGGAGAAAAACCAUUCAAAUGCACUCAUUGUGGGAAGGCGUUUAUUAGGGAACGUAAUUUUAAAGCUCACCAGCUAGUCCAUACAGAAAAGAAACCAUUUAGUUGCUCUCAGUGUGGGAAAAGCUUCAGAAGCAAGCAUAAUUUUGACGUCCACCAGGUAACAGUACACAAGAGAGAGAGACGAUUCAGUUGCACACAUUGUGGCAAGAAGUUUGGUGCACAAAGUCAUCUUAAAGUACACCAAGUUUUUUAUACAGGAGGGAAACCAUUUAUUUGCAUGUUGUGUGGGAAGGAUUUCACAGUGAAAUGUGGUCUUAAACUACACCGGCAAACAGUACAUAGGGGAGAGAAGCUGUUCCGUUGUUCACACUGUGAGAAACUGUUUAGCACAUCGAGUGACCUUAAAGCACACCAAGUUGUUCACACAGGAGAUAAGCCAUAUAUUUGCUCAGAGUGUGGAAAGGGUUUCACUGCAAAACGUAGUCUUAAUGUUCACCAACUAACGGUACACAAAAGAGAAAGACCAUAUAGCUGCGACAAGUGUGGAAAGAGUUGCGGUACCAAAAGUGGAUUGAAGGCACAUCAAAGACUUCACACAGGAGAGAAACCAUAUGAGUGUCUUGAAUGUGGGAAAAGUUUCCGCUUCAAAGGUUCAUGGAAAAUACAUCAGGUAGUUCAUACACAAGAGAAAGCAUUUUGUUGUGAUAUAUGUGGGAAGAGUUUCAGUAUUUCCUCCAAUCUUCAUAGACACCAGCAAACACACACUGGAGAAAAAGCAUUUAAUUGUUUAGUAUGCGGGAAGAAUUUUACUCAAGCUAGUCAUCUUAAAGUGCACCAGCGAAUUCACACAGGGGAAAAAAGAUUCACUUGUGAAACAUGUGGGAAGAGUUUCUAUCAGAAGAGUGGACUGAAAUCACACCAGCAUACUCAUUCAGGAGAGAAGCCGUACAAGUGUGAUACAUGUGGACAAAGUUACAGUUCUGCAAGUUAUUUCAACAGACAUAAACAAAUCCACACAGGAGAGAAACCAUACAGUUGUAGUGACUGUGGGAGGACUUUCACGCGGGACACUGCUCUUUAUUUGCACCUGCGAACUCACACAGGAGAGAAACCCUACACCUGUGAUAAAUGUGGUAUGAGUUUCAGUGUUGCGCAGAAUCUUAGACGACACCAGUUAAUACACACGGGAGAGAAACCAUUCAGCUGCACUACGUGUGGAAAGUGUUUCAGACAAGCUAAUAAUCUCAAAGCUCAUCAGCAAACCCAUACAGGAGAAAAAAACCACACCUGUGAUAAAUGUGGCAAGAGUUUCGCUUAUCCAAGAAAUCUCAAAGAACACAAGUGUGUUUAUGGUUGA